AUGGAAAAUCAAGCCUUUAGCGGCUAUGUUGACUCUGAGACGGGCAUCUGCCACACCGCCUGGGACAAGGACGUUCAGGUGAAGGAGUACCAGAUUCUGACCAACCCCUGCGGCAUGAAGCUGUCCUGGGAGAAAGCGGGCAAGGGAUCCAAGCUGGGCGUCGUGCCGCCCUGCUCAGUGGUGGGCGGCUUCGAGGCGACCGCCUAUCAAUACGUAAUCAGUGGACAGGCCCCGUACGGCGACCGCGCGUCGCUCUCCUACGUGGGUCGAACCAAGGCCAGCGAUGGCAAGCUGUACGGUGGCAAGGUCCACGCCGUGGAUGAGAAGCUCUACUACCCGUACAAGGGCGAACAGGAGACCAGUACUGAGUAUGAGGUGCUAGUGCUCAAGUACUAG